GCAUAUAACUACGCGCAAAACCAUUUAAUGAAAUCUAUAAAACAUAUGAAAGAUAUGUAUCUACUCUAAAAUUCGAUUCCACUUCGGCUCUUAUUAAUCCAGCACCAAUCACCAUGAACACCCGCGCCCUUUUCCUACUGUCUGUCGUUGCUUUUGCUUCAGUCAAAGCUGAGCUCAAAUGCUACGACUGCGAGCCACACCAAUCAGGAUGCUUAUCGCCAGCCACAGCCAAUAUCAAAAGCACUGUGUGCCUUAGUGACGCAGGCGAGAAAAACCGCAUUCAGAAGGAAAUAAACGACAUUAAUAAAUUAGACAUUAGCCCGCGUGGCAAUUUCGAAGAGAACGCGUUCGAGUGCUUCUCCUUGUACUUUGAAGCGGACGACGCGAAUGAGUCGGGGGUUUACCGGGGAUGCGUGGAAAAAACAAAAACUGUCAUCUCCUCCUGCGAUUAUCUCACCGAGACGCUGAAAAACGGAAACGUCUCCAACUGCAAAACGUGUGCAGAGAACGAGUGUAACGUCCAUGACGUGGGCGGCGGCGCCACCGGGGUGACGGUUUCCGUAGCCCUUGUUGUGCUAAACCUUGUAAUUUGUCUGAAUGUACUUCAUUUUUAAACGCCUAUUGAAAUAAAUUUUUAUUACGUAAACUUAA